AUGUUUUCACGUACAAAAGUAGCAGCAAAAGCAACAAAAGGAUCGAUUGUGCAGAAAGAACAGCGGCUUAUGAUUUCGGGUCGAACAGAAGCUAUAGCAUCGUUUGGUCAACAAAGAAUUUGGUUUCAUGACCAGCUAUACUUUCAUGAUUCCGAUUUAUCUGUCUACAAUAUUGUAGUUCCAUUAUUAAUCAAACAAGGCUCACUCUCAAUUGAACGUGUAAGCUCGGCCUUACGUUCAGUAAUUGAACGGUAUACGAUUCUCCGUACAGCUGUUCGUUUUAAUCCAGGAACUAAUCAGAUUGAACAAUAUAUUCAACCUAUUGCCGAUGAUAUUUACUUAUUCCAACAUUCACGAGGAAUAUCGACAGUGGAACAACUGGAUGAUCUACUUACGGCUGAAUCCAUUAGGAAACACUUUGACGUGGAGAACGGAAGAGUUGUAAAAUGUCAUGUAGUGGAGCGAGGUGAUAAAAGUCAUGAUCAUUUAUUGCAUGAAAAUGAUCUCAUUAUUUUUACUAUCCAUCACAUAGCAUUUGAUCUCACCUCAAGCAAAUCAUUCGUUAAAGCAUUUGAGCGUGCAUGCUGGAUUGACGCGCACCACCAGUCAACAUUAUUGAUUCAGCAAUAUAUAGACUUUGCUCUAUAUGAACAGGCUAUGCUAGCUGAUACAAAUCCCAAUUCAAAAAUGCAUAAAGCACGCCGAUUUUGGUCCGAUCUUAUGCAUGGUUAUGAUUGGAAUCGCAUACGAGUCUUCGUGCCUACCGAAAUUAAACAUGAUCAAACUCGUUCUGGUCGUGGUUAUUCGACUGUAUUUGUCGUUGAUCAACAAGUUGUCGAUGCCAUGAUGAUGUUUGCUUCAUCCAAUAACAUUACGAUGUUUUCGCUGGCAUUUGCCUCCUUCUAUGCGUUCUUAUUCAAGUUACUCAAUAACGAAGAGGACUUAUGCGUAGCAAGUGUUGUAGCUAAUCGUUUUAACCAAGAAACAAAAGAAAUGAUCGGCAUGUUUGUUAAUAUUCUACCAUAUCGAAUACAAAUUGAGCCAAAUAAAUCAUUUAAUCAUUUCGUGCGAAAAGUGCAACAACUAAGUACUGAUAUUUUGGAACAUGCGUCUCUACCAUACCAAGAGAUUAUUGCUCUACACGAUAAACAAAAACAUCAGCGAUUGCCAUCAACAUUCUUUCAAUAUGACUCUUUAAUGUCAUCUACGACGCAAAAAACUACAAUGGAAUUAACUGUAGAUAAAGCUUCAGUUAUUGGUAUAUACUAUGAUCGAGAUCGAAGUCGCGGUAAUGGAUUAUCUACAUUCGAUAUGAGUGUAACAAUAGCACAUGAACAUCAUACGCGAACUACAGAAUGUGUUAUUGACUGUGCAGUUGAAAUAUUUCAAAAUCAAGCUAUUGUUAAUAAACUUGCAACCCGCUUUCAGCAUAUACUUACACAACUAUUUUGUUCUUCGAUUGUUGGCGUGCCAAUCUAUAAUCAAUGCACACCAGCUUCCUAUGCACAAGCUCGUAUAUGGCUUGACGAAAGAAUUCGAUUCGAUCCUGAUAAACCUCAAGUAGCAAUCUAUAAUAUGCCUUUUGUUUAUCGUCUGCAACCAGAUCAUACUUUAUCAAUAGAACGAUUACUUCAUGCCCUCCAACUAAUUGUCUUAAAACAUCAAUCACUUCGUACAUCGCUUGUCUUCAACGCAGAAAAGAACCAAAUCAUGCAACGAAUCAUUGAUCUGAACAAUGAUCAUAAACAAAUGCUUUCAGUUAUCGAAAGUACUUAUGAAACAGAUAAACAACUCACUGAGAUUAUGCAUGAUGAAAAACGUAAUCCUCAUCUUUUUGAUCUUGCUCAUGGUCUUGUCUUUCGAUGUCAUAUUAUUUAUUACAAACAAAUCUCUUCAAAUCAUCUUCUUUCUGACAAAGAUAUACUUAUUUUCAACUUUCAUCAUGCUCUAUUUGACUUUCCAUCAAUGAAAGUUUUUCAUCAUGAUCUUAAUCAAGCAUAUACAACAGGCCAAUUAUUAUAUGAUAACAACACUAAUCUUCGUUAUCUCGAUUAUGCUGUUAUUGAGCAACAAAUGCCAAUGACUGGUGCAAGUAUGUUUUGGCUUGAUGCUCUUCAUGAUUGUAAACUCGAUCAGCCAUUAUCAUUGCCAUUUGAUCGAUAUCGUCUCUCAAAUGAACACCGAACUGGUCGUGGAACAUCGGUUUCUUUUGAUUUUGGUCAAGAUCUAUCACAUGACUUUCUUAUUCAUGCAUCAUCAAAUAACAUUUCACUGGAGCAUCUUGCACUUGCUACUUAUUAUGUGUUUUUAUUCAAAUUAACAAAUGGAGAAAAAGAUUUAUGCAUUGGAAUAAAUACAGAAGAUCGAUAUAGAGAUGAACUUGGAUCUAUCAUUGGAAUGUUUGUGAAUGCUAUACCUUUGCGAUGUCAACUAGAUCCUCAUUUAUCAUUUAAUAACAUUACUAAGCAUGUUCAAGAUGAUAUGAUAAACUGUAUGAAGUAUUCUUAUUUUCCUCUUCAACAUAUUCUCAAUCAACAUCCAAAUAUAUCAACUCCUGUAUUUCUUGAUACAUCAUUUGACUUUGUAUCAUCUACGACAAAAGAUGAGAAGAAUGAAAUAAUGAUCGGUGAUAGUCGAUUUUCUUUACUACCUUAUUCAAUUACUAUUAGUGAAGAUGAAAUCAUGAGUAAAUUUGAUUUUAUUCUUACUUUUCAACAUGAUCUGAAUCUAAAUAAAUUCUCAUGUACCGUUAAUGCUUCCGUUGAUUUAUUCAAUGCUGAAACAAUCUGUAUAAUUGCACAAAGAUUACAGACAAUGUUAUAUCAACAAUUCACAUCUUUUAAUAGUAAAACAAACAAACCUAUUCAUGAAUUAUCAUUAAUAUUACCAGAUGAACAAUAUCUAAUGCAAUCAUUGAAUAAUACACAAGUAUCAUUUUCAUCUUUUCCUCUCACUUGUAUUCAUCAUGAGUUUGUAUGUCAAGUAAUGAAACAUCCACAAAAACUAGCUGUUGAACUAGAUGAACAAUCAUUGACAUAUUGUGAACUGUUGUAUUAUGUUCAAACCUUAUCUUUAACUCUUCUUAAUGAAUAUCAUAUCUCUCCAGGUGAAAUCGUGUGUCAGUGUGUUGAGAGAAGUUUAUCAAUGGUGAUUGGUAUUAUGGGAAUUGAAAUGGCUGGUGGUGUCUAUUGUCCAUUAUCACCUCGAGAUCCACAACAUCGUUUAAAUGCACUUGUACAACAAACUCAAAGUCGUCUUGUACUUGUUCAUUGGUUAACGAAAACGGAGUUUAGCGAUGAUACUCUUACGAUUGAUAUUCAUUCAAGAUUCGCUAAUAAUGAUGUAAUGAGCGAUGGUGAUGUUGAUCGGCUAUCAAGUGUUACAGUGACACCUAAUGAUAUUGCUUACAUCAUAUUUACAAGUGGUUCAACUGGAAUACCAAAAGCGGUCCAAGUUCGUCAUGAAAAUUUCACUCGUUAUAUGCACUCAUUUGUGAGUGUUAGCACAUUGAAGAAGGAUGAUGUAGCUAUCCAAAUGGCUCGAAGUACGUUUGAUGUUCAUCUUCAACAAAUAGUUGGUGUUUUAUUAAUUGGCGGUACAUUGGUUAUACUACGUGCAAGAGGAGUAACUGAUUUUGAUUAUCUAGCUGAUGUUUUAUACAAAAAACAGAUUACAUAUAUGAAUACCGCACCAGUUUUAUUUCAAAGUUUUUUCAUAUUCCUUGGUCAGUGUAAGAAAACAUAUGCUGUGAAGUAUCUUCGAGCACUUUGUAGUGGAGGCGAAGCAUUCGCUUCCAAACUGAUUGAUCUGAUCCAAGAAAGCAAUAUUCCUAAUUAUACUUUAUGGAAUUUAUAUGGUCCUGCUGAAGCGACGAUUACAUCUACAUUUCAUCUCGUAGAUAUAAAAGCUUCUACAAAGUGUAUUCCAAUUGGGAGAUCGCUUUCUAACUAUAAAUGUUUGAUUUUAAAUGAAUUCUUACAAAAUACAUCUGUUAAUCAAGAAGGAGAAUUAUUUAUUGGAGGUGUUGGUGUCUUUGCUGGAUAUCUUGGUCGUGAUGAUUUAACUACAAAAGCUCUGGUUGACAUAGAUGAUACACUAUUUUAUCGAACUGGUGAUCUCGUUACAAUGGAUAACAAUGGUCUUCUUCACUAUCAAGGAAGAAAAGAUCAUCAAAUCAAACUACAUGGACAAAGAAUUGAACUUGGUGAAAUCGAACGAUGUUUACUUAACAACACAUCCAUCUGUGCUUGUGUUGUCAUGAAAUGGAAUGAUGAUUAUCUGGUUGCUUAUGUUCAGUCUUCUUCUAAUAUGAAUGAAGAAGAACUACGUGAACAUUGUCAAUCUCAUCUUCCACCACAUAUGAUUCCAUCGAUAUAUAUUAUACUUGAGAAACUACCUUUGAAUCAAAAUGGAAAAGUAGACAGAAAACAACUUCCGUCACCCGACUUUUCAUUAUCGACUUUGUUGUCGUCCAAUAAAUCUGAUACUCCUCUUAAUCAGCUCGAAGAACGUAUACACACUAUUUGGUGUCAAUUUCUUCAUUCUAAUGAAAGUCGCAUUUCUAGAAAUACCAGUUUUUUUAGUGUUGGUGGUCAUUCACUUCGCUUCAUUGAACUCUAUUAUCGUUAUCAAUCAUUAUUCAACUUCGAUGCUCGUUCACUCUCAAUUGGCCUCUUUCUUCAGCAACCAACUAUUCGACAACAUGCACAACUGCUUGAAACACUUCCCUUCAAUGAUACUGAGACAACACGAUGGCAAUCACUACAUAGCAAUGAAGGUAAAACUUAUUUAAAUUAA